AUGAAGAAAUAUACCACCGAACAAGCUUUGGAGUUCAUGUUUGAAGACAGUGAAGAAGACGAUGUUGGAAGCUGGGCAGAUGAUAAUUCCGAUGGAGCAAGUAUUGAUUCCUUCGAUGAGUUGGAUUGGGAAGAACGCAUUGACCGUGUCCUUGACAUCUCUUCUGACCUGCCUGGACCGUCAAGGCCUCCUCCAGCUCGAAGGCAGAUGAAGGCCAAAAGGAGAGUGAGGUCAUCCUCAAAGGCAGCAACAGCAUCCACACCAUGGCUGCUUCCUUCAAAGAGGAGGAGACCUGCCCCACUGGGGGAUAGAGGGCAUGCUGGUGGUUCUGAGGAGAACGUGUGCCCUUCACAGAUUUCUGCAGGGCAGACGAGGGCCAAAAGGAGAGUGAAGUCAUCCUCCAAGACAGCAACAGCACCCAUACCACUGCUGCCUCCUUCACCGGUGGACAGAUGGCAUGAUGGUGCUGAAGAGGACAUGUGCCCCCCACAGUUUCUGUUCUGCCCUAAGAGGAUGCCUGGACCGCAGCUUGAUUCCCAGAAAUCAUACAGCCCCAAGGAAAUCUUUGACCUGUUUUUCACAAACAAUGCCAUUACAACGCUGUGUAUCAACACAAAUAAAUAUGCUGCCCGGAAGAUUGCGGAGGGUGCAAAGAUGCGGUGGAAAGAGGUGAAGCCAUCUGAGAUGUGCAACUAUUUGAGCAUUGUGCUGUAUCUCGGCCUGGUCAAGGUGACCGCUGCAAGGGACUUGUGGAAGAAAGAAAACUUUUUCAAGUUUCCCUAUCCUCGCAGUGUCAUGAAAGGCUACAGGUAUGAGGCCAUCACAGCAAAUUUACACAUGAGUGACCCAGCUGCUGAUGUGGUAAAUGACCAGCUCCGUGGUCAGCCUGGGUAUGAUGGCCUUUUCCGCCUGAAGCCUCUUCAUGAUGACAUCCUCACGGCCUGCAGGACACACUACCACCCACACAAGAACCUGUCAGUGGAUGAGCGCAUGGUAGCCACCAAAGGCAAGGAACGGGAUGAAACAGUACAUGAAGGACAAGCCACCAAGUGGGGCUACAAGCUGUUUGUCCUGGCCGACAGCCAGAGUGGUUACACGUGUGACUUCACCAUUUACGAGGGAAAGGCGCCGUCUCCGAGUGGCAAUGGACUAACUUUUGACGCAGUUGUCAAACCUGCUCAAGACAACUUCUACACCAGCACUAAGCUUUUCAGCCAUCUACACCAGGUGCGCUUUGGGGCCUGUGGGACCAUCCGGGAGAACCGUGUGGGGUUUCCACGGACAACAGACAAUGCGCUGGGCAAGAAGGCUGCCAGAGGGGACAUGCGCUGGAUACGCGAGGGCUCCUUGCUUUAUGUAAAGUGGAAGGACACACGUGACGUUACCAUGUGUUCCACGAUACACAAAGCGAACAGUGGGCAGAGUGUGCAGCGCCGUGUCUGCAACCCCGAUGAUAAUGCGGUGGUGAACAGUUUCCUCAUCCACAAGGAGAUGGCAGAGAUGAAGAACCAGAAACCCCUCACCCAGAAGAAAUUCAGGAUUGCACUGUGUGAGCAGCUGGGUAAAGUUGGGAAGGAGCUGGCAUCCAAUGAGGCAUCCAACGAGGCAUCCACGGACCACGUCCCAUUGGAAGCCUGCGGACUCUCCAAUGAUCCACACCUGAAAGCCACCAAGGGGAGGAGGAAGUGCCGAAUCUGCAAGUCAUCCACUAUAUGGCUAU